AUGGCCAAUACCUUCGCCUUCCUCGAGCUUCCCCUCGAGCUGCGCCGAAUGAUCUACACGAAAUAUUUCAACUUGAUGCCAGUCCAACACGACGAAUGGUCCACCUGCAGCGGACGCACCUACAGUCGCCAUAACCUGUCCAAGACAUGUCGACAAGUACAGACAGAGUAUCUAUCCGAGAUCUGGCGAAGUGAUCGGCUACAAAUUUGUGUUCGCGGCACUGGCGGCUGCGCUCAGAAAACCCGCAGAUGGCUGCAAUUGAUGGGACCAGCAGUGAUACCUCUGGUCAAACAUUUUCAUUUCUGGAACGCUCUACGGAAGCCUGAUCUUGGGAUUAAGAUUGAAGGAUCCAGGGCUAUUGUGGGCGUGGAUUCUUUCUUCGUGCAGUUGGAUGCCCCGGCGAUGAUGAAUUUGGGGAGGAAAUGUAGCUAUGUUGCAAAUUGGGGUCUGCGGAAGAUGCCAGGUGGUUCUUGGUAUGUUACGAAGGAGGUGAUUGAGGAAAUCAUGCUUCUGAUGGAUCGGACUUUGACAGAUAAUGAGUUGUACACCUGUAUGAGCGACUAG